AUGUGCAACCGUGUCGACAAACCGCUCGACGUCUGUGAUCAGUGGAACUUGUCGAUCAGCGACACGAACUAUCCUCAGCUGGGCUUGCAACGAAACCGAAGGAGCUUGACGCAAUCGUCAACCUUCCGUUCCCCAUUAAUCUAUGCCGCGAUCUUGUACGAGCUGCGGGAAGCAGACUUCCAUGAAAUCGCCAAGAUGAAUACAGAGGAGACGCAGGCCGAGGAUAGUCAAUUAACUGGGGGCGAGCGCGAUAGGUGGGCGAGGGCGAAGAACGCUUUCACUAUGCUGAAGGCGAAAAUUAUUGCCACGCCGGUCCUGAAGCACUUCGAACCGGAACGCACUCCUGUCAUCGUGCUAUACGCGAACAAGUGGGCCAUAUCAGUGGCAUUGAUGCAGGAACACGAAGGUGUGUACCAUCCGGUGACAUUCACCAGUCGCACGCUGAAGGCAAACGAACUCAACUAUGGAGUGGUGGAUAAAGAAGUAUUGGCGCUUUUACGAAUAUUGAACGUCUGCUACUCACAGCUGGUAUCCAGAUCGAUCAAGGUCCAGUCACGAUUCUCAACACUGGCCUGGUUGCUCAAGUCGAACCGGUUCGACGGUCGACUGUGUAGGUGGCCAGCACUACUGUCAGGAUGGAUGUUGGAGGUCACCAAGUGUGUGAAGGGUGAAGACGAAAUCCUCGGAACAAUCGCAGCUAGCAUCACUCCCCGAGCCGAUGUCGAUGAAGCUCUAGGCGCGAUAGCACCCAAGACACAUCUACGGAAAAUGAUCACCAUGCCUCUACCAACGAUCGAACAAGACGAGAACCUCUUGGUGGUGAGUUUUGACGGAUCUGUGCGAGUGAAGCGCAGCGGCGGUGCGUAUAGUCCAGUCGUGUGGAAACUCUCGGAGUGGACGGUGGUGGAAGCCAUGUCGGAGUACAUGCCAGAUUUGACAGUGAACGAGGCGGAAUACCGUGGACUGAUUCUUUGUUUCGAUUUGCUCUCGACCUUGGACAGGGACCGUGUCGUAAUUUAUGAUGACUUGAAUUUGGUGAUUCGUCAGAUGCAGGGUGCGAUGGACUGCAAGACACCAGGCCUGCAACUGCUCCUACAGAAGGCGUUGAAUCGACUACGGUCGUGGCCGAAACACGAGUUCCUCCACGUGAAGCGGGAAUGGAAUCAGAGGGCGGACAAGUUGACAAGUACAGCGCUGCAACGAGAAGAAGGCGAAAUAAUCACCUCAGAGGACGUUCGCCAGGUCUUGAUCACCCUCAACCGACUGGGCGAAAUGCUAAAGCCAAAGUUGAUCGAGACAGUCGUUUGCGUAAACGCGACCACGCGAACCGCUGAGAGACAACGACGCACACCAAAAGCGAUGGAAGAAUCUAUCAUACAGCCCAUGCUGUGUCAGACGAUUAGGCAAGCUCAGGAUGAAGAGAAGUGGAUUGUAGAUCUGAAGAAGUACCUGGACGGAGAAGUGGGUGCCUUGACAGCAGAAGAGGCGAAGGUAUGCUCGAAGAUAGCCGCGAAUUACGAAGUAGACGAGAAUGGACUACUUUUCUUUAGCCCCAAGACACUCCAACGAGGCGAAGGUCGCGACGGUGUCGUCAGGAUGGUGAUUCCCGAUAGCUUACAGCGAGACUUCCUUCACCAUUAUCAUGCCAGUCUAGAGGGAGGUCAUCAAGGC